AUGCUUAAAUUCCUAUUUAAUUUCCCUGAUCUCAGAAUCAAAAGUAACCAAUAUUCCAUCCAAUUUCCGUCUGCACCAGAACUAUCAGCCGAGAUUUUCUUUCUACUAUCAUUUCCUCAAAAAUAUGACAGAUCUCUACUGCAAGAAGAACUCGUCCAUAUCAUUACGUCAGGUUUUGUCCUAAAAUUGAAUGUGACGGCUAUGAUCUUCUUGGAGCUCCAAUAAAAAGAAAUUAAAAUGCAAUAAAUGUAGCUAUGAGUAUUGCUUAUUCUGCUCUCUGAAUUAUGGUACUACUGCAAGAAGAAAAUUGCCGAUAUAGAAUUUGAGAAUGAGCCGAGAAAAAUAGCGUGAAAUUUUGCCCUAAUGUAAGGAGGGCUGAAAUAAGGAGAAGAGGCCAUAAUAUGUUUGCAUAUAUAGGCAUCAUUGGUACUAUUGCUGAAGGUGCGGAGGAAACAACCAAGAACCUAUCACAAUAUCCGCUGUUGGAGCGGGAGAUAUAUGGAAAUUCAUUAGAUUUUAAUUUUCGCUUUAAUUUUUGGACUUUUGCUGUUUCCUUGGCACUUUUUUAUAUUUUUUAUAUAAUUCUAAGCUGGUUUCAAGAAAUUGACCCUGUGAAAUGAAUUGCACGCAUAGAUAUUUUGGUUAUGCUAUUUUUGAUUUUUUCUCCAUUAAUUGAAGUUCUUCUACUUAUUGAGGUGCCUAUCUCCUGCGAUUAG